GAAUGGAAAGAAGAAAAAGGGAGGGUGAUGUUUGGGGAUUGGAAACUGGUGGUGGAAACUUUCAUAUUUAUCCAUUUUUUAUUCUCUCUCACCGCCAAACACGCCACGUUUUGAAAUUCCUCCAUGAGUGUCUGAAGAACAUGGUUCUUUUCCUUGGCUCAAGCAAGCAAUGGGGCAUGGUUUUAUGCUGGACUGGAAAUGGGCUGUCUCAAUCCAAUCCUCUCUCCUCUCCUCUUCAUCAACCAGGCCCCACUCUUCUUCAUUGAGAGGCAGGGAGGCUUCAUUUGAAUUAGCAAGAGCAUCUGCCGUCUCUGUCAUUCUUGAGGAAAAUGAAAUUCGAUGUAAAGAUUCUCACAUGCCCUACGCAUGUUCUUUUGGAGCACUGCAAAGCUUUGAAAAUGUUCAUGCAGCAACAAAAGAGAUUAAGUGCCAGAUGGUCAUCGGCAAGAGAGAGGACAAUACAGCUUCCUGUGCUAUGUUAAGUAAUGCCAACGUGCCAAUUUUAGAGGAUGCUUCUGCAUGUCUUGCGAGUUUACAAGCGGAUAGCACAUCACAUUUCGGUUUGUUAAUGGAAAACCUUGAGAAAAUAGAAGAGAUCUUUGACGAUUCGGAUGUGGUAAGGCUGGAAAGAGAUAUUCUAAUACAAAUAGGAAGGCUGGGAGCUCUUAAAAUAUUCCACGCGUGUCUAUCCAGGACCGUUAAGGCACCAGAUGCUCCUCAACAGGCCUUCCCACUAACAGAAACUUCCAAAAAUAGCCCUGAGGACACGCCUGUCUAUGACCACAUGAAUAACAUAACCGUCCGGUCCAGAAAGAAGAGGGAGAGGAAAUCAAGGAGAGAAAGAGUUACAGAAAAAGCUGCAAAGAUGUCAGCUUUGUCACCAUCCUCAAAAGCAAUUCGUGAUUUUCAACAGUUGCCAACAAAUCCAUCGAACUCAAGAGGCAGACGGCAUUCAAUUGUUCGAAACGAGUCAGAAAUGUCAAGAGGAGUUAAGGAGAUUGCAAACUUGGAAAAGGUACGUAUGAGUUUGGAAGAGAGAAUUGGGCGGGCUGCAAGCUUAUCUAGGUGGGCCCAUGCAGCUGGAAUGGACGUGAAGGUGCUGCAGCAGCGUUUACAUUUUGGCAGGUACUGCAGAGAUAAGCUUCUCAAAAGUACCCGUUCAUUGGUCCUGUACAUUGCAAGAAACUACCGAGGACGGGGACUAGGCCUUGAAGAUCUACUUCAGGCGGGGAAUAUGGGCGUCCUUCAAGGUGCAGAAAGGUUUGAUCACACGAGGGGAUACCAGUUCUCCACGUAUGUUCAGUACUGGGUUAGGAAAUCAAUGUCGGCACUGAUAGCACGGCAUUCCAGAGGGGUCCGGAUACCUGUUACAUUGAACAAUGUAAUAAAUAAGACACAGAAAGCUAGAAGAGCCUUUUAUGACCACCACGGAAGAUACCCACAAGAUGAGGAAAUAGCCAAGUUGACGGGUACGUCAUUAACUAAUGUCAGACUUGCUAACAAGUGCUCAAGGGUCAUGGGUUCAACUGAUCAGAAGGUGGGAGACUGCAUCGGUGUAAAAUUCAUGGAAAUCACACCAGAUACGUUAGUUAAGACUCCGGAAGAGACUGUUAUGAGUCAGCACAUGAGAAGAGAGAUUCAUGAGCUCUUGAUCGGCCUGCACCCAAGAGAGAGGCAAGUGCUGGCGCUACGGUAUGGGCUUGGAGACGGUCGGUGCAAGUCACUUGAAGAGGUUGGGAGGCUUUUCCAUGUGACCAAAGAAUGGAUAAGGAAGAUAGAGAAAGCGGCAUUGACAAAGGUAAGGAAGGAGGAAGUGCAAAGCAGCUUGAACUACUAUUUGGAAUUGUAGUUUCAAAAGGAACCCAAAUGGUGUAAAUUGCAUUUUUUGAAUGGGAAUUGAAGAUUUUGGCCA